AUUCAUUAUGUUUCAUUGCUUGAAUUCCACCGCUUACCAUUAAACAUUUUAUAACAAAACAGCAACCUCUCAACUUUAGAAUUCCAAGGAAUUAUUGUAUGAGAAGGGAUUCAUUGAUUGCCACUCCAAUUUCACAUGCUGGACUCUGAGGAUAAUGACGAUGCCCGUCAGCGACUAAGGAGUACAUCUAUGCCCUCUGUUAGGCUCAACUCAUCUGAUGUAGGAAGUGAAAGAGAUGAAUACCAUCAACAAGGUCUCAAUUUACUUGAAACCUCAACAAGUUCACUCAUUCCUCAAUGGGAAUUACUUCAGACGCAGGAUGAACCUCCAAUGGUCAGAAGACACACUGUAAUUAGCUUUCCUACCAUUGGACAAACUCAAACUAUGGACAACAACAAAGAAAAACAUUACGACAGUGUGUCAUCAGUAAUGAAUGCACAACAAUCAAACCAGCCGAACAAUCAGGACAACCCACCAUCACCUGCGGAAGAAUUCUAUACCCUAAAAUAUCCAGAACAUGCUUGGGGGCAAAAGAUGCAUAAGAGGCUACAUCAACUCAAACCCAAACAUAUCAUAUCAUCCUUAAUUGGAUUGAAACAAGGUCACCUUGCUCGUCGCACAGCACAUACACAGUACAAAGGAGACCUGGCAAGUAGUCGGGAAUCUUCCGUAUCCAGGACUUCCACUAGGAUCCCCGCCAGAACCCGUGUACGACCACCUUCUCGAGCACGAUCACGGGCAUCGUCCCAAGAUUCUGAUUAUAUUCCAUCAGGAACGUCCACUACAUCAUCUCGCGUAUCUGCAGGGUCUCGAUCAGGAGCGACGCGGAUGAUACGUAGCAAACUGCAUGAACAGCAACGUGAACUAGGAAAGGAUAAUCUUCAUGGCAGCAAAUUCGAUGAGAUACAGUCAGUGGCCGGUUCCACCAUAUCUAUUCAUCUACCCACAAAACAACAGCUAAAGCGAAGGAGAGAGUCACCACACAAUCGAGGCGAGAAGGCACAGGAAGGAUCGCCACCAAAUGUACAUGUUGCCAAAAUGUCAUCGUCAAAGUAUGCGGCACGUCGUGGUUUUGGUACAGUCUUUAGGAGGUUCGAAUGUGUUUUGAUUCCGGUAUGGGAUAAACAUCAAGGAAAACCACUUGCAAGGGAUACUAAGUCGAAAGCUUCAGCACAGCUGCAUAAAUCGCCACCGCUACAACCACAAACACACUUUCACAUUCAACUUCCUCAGAUCGAGGGGCCACAACCACUGUCUCAUAUUCAAUCUUCUCAGAUCAAGGCGCCAGAACUUUAUAACUGGUGGUUAGAAGUAAAGCCUUUACAGGAACAGAUUAAUGGAUGUUACAAAUGGAUCAUACUACGUGGUCAACUUCCUGAAAAGGACAUUAUGGCAUGGCGUACCUCAUUUAUCAUAGAGGCUUUAAAGCCAACUCUUGUCGCUACCAUAUCAAAAUCGUACUAUAGAUUAAAAGGAUCCAUUGAUGUAGACGGCAUGGUACGCAACGGCUUUCCAGGGAAUAUUGUGGAUGCUUUUAAAGAAGGAUUUCCGCCUGAUUGGCAAACGAUUUUGUGCUCCCACUUCAAUACCGAACUAAAUACGCGAGUAUCGGCUGAGAGUGAUCAACAUCAAAUUAGGGAGCCGCAGCAAUCAGCAAUGAUCAUGACUUCCCCUACCGAAGUUUUAAAAAAGCUGGAAUCUGAUUCAAGGCAUCGGCGUGGCGAACCUCAUCUACAUAGGCGGAGAAAGGAAGUUGUCGAGGCCGUGGUAAUCCCACAAGUUCAGUCUCUACAUCGACGACCGCAAUCUCAAGCAUCUCCAGGCUCAGUGAAUUUGCAAUCAAAAGGUUACAAUCCUGGGCCAAGCCUCAAGACCUUUUCUACAGACGAAGCCUUGAUCACGACAUUAGGCUUUGAUACAAACCAGCAGACUAUGGAUGACGUGUCGCCCUUUGAUUCACAGCAAAAAUUAAUAUCGCAAAAGGAUAGCAAUGACGCUUCUAAUAGUAUAGUCAAUAGCUUAAAAGUGAACCGGCCCAUCUUGAACGAGAAUAAGUCUGGACAGGAGAACAAUCUGUCUCUCACCUCUAUCAAAUCUCAGAAACCGAUCCUUCCCACGUCCUCACCAUCAAAACCACUAUUCAAGUCGUUAUCAUCAAUAUCCGCAUCGUCACAGUCCUCGCUGCAAAGAUUGAGUAUGGAUGAAAGUCUAGAUGCCGAUCUAGGUUCUGAUAAUUAUGAUGCCUUUUCAAACGAUAUGGCCACAGGGAGAAGCGCUGUUCCUUCAUUGAGCAUAUUCGGAUCAAAUUCUAAAUCCCAUAGUUUGUUGCAAAGGAACAAUUCAAAUCUUGACAACUAUAACUCUCCCUUUUCCAGUCAGAUCAUAUUGCUUGAGGAUGAGACCUCAAACCGAUCAGAAGUGCUGGAAUCAGCGACUGAAAUGGAUAUAACGACGAAAGCUAUGGAUCCGUCAUCAGAGAUGAUAGAUCUAACGCAAGAAACUGAGGAGGAGGAGAUGGAGUCAGGAAGGGUACAGUUGGCACCAGCAGGGAUGAACGACAAAAGAGCUGUAUCUGAAGUUGACAUGGAUCUUUCAAAGAAUGAUCAAGCUACAGAAGUAUUAGGUGAACACUUGCGUAACAAGACAAACAGUCCAAAGGCUAUAGCAAGCACAACAAGUGACGUGGCCCAAACUCUACAAGAGCGUAUUGCAAAAGAUACAGCUGUAGAUAACGAGGUAGCGACAACUUCAAGCGUUCGUAAAGAAUGGCCAAGGAUAUCGUUUGGACCACGCUUUGCGAGUGUUCGAGAUAUUCAAGCAAAAGCCAGAAUCAAGCGUUCUUCUCAGUCAGGGUUUAGUCCUCUUCCGCGACAUUCACAUUCAAAUAUAGAAUAGAAAUAACUGAAGUGUAAUAUUAUUACCAAUCUACAUCAUUACAUGUAC